AAUAUAAGGCCAUGUAGGAGCGUGACAGCAGAGGUUCAGGAGGAACACACACAAUGUCUGACAGCAAUGACAUGUGGGAGUCAGCUGGCAGUGGGACAAGGGAUGUGCUCGAGGACAAUAAAGACACAAGUGGAUUCUCUGAACAUGAACUCCUGGACAUCAUGUAUAAUGCAUGUAACACCUCCAGCACAGGGGAAGUGUUGGCCUCCACCAUCGUGCAGUACCUGCAGACCAUGACGGCUCAGAGUUCGGGGCAGGACAGACUGACUGCCCUGCGACGGCUGCUCGACCCGGAUUGUCAGGACCCUCAUGUGAGCAGAGAGAUUUUCCACUCCACCAUGAGAGAGUGGAUCGCACAGUGCAGCCAGGACAGCUCUGAUGUGGACGACAGUCAUGUAUCUUGCCCUGACUCUUCUAAAGUGCCUGUAAAUGGGCUGGAUUUCUCAGCUUCACAAAGCAAAGCUGCCUCUUCAGAGAGCCACCAGUGUUCCUGUGAUGGAAAAGACCUGUUAGGCACAGUGGCUGAACUGAAGCACGCUCACCGCAAGCUGAGCGAGCAGAACAGCAGCCUGCUGAGGACGGUGGCUCAGUGUGAGGACGCAAACCUGCAGCUCACUCUGGAGGUCACAGAGCUGCGAGCAAAGCUGGCGAGUGCUCAGCGGUCAGCAGUGAGAGCCAGAUCUCUGACAGAAGAACUGGAGGAGACCCGUCGGGCGUUUAAAGAGGCCCAGGAGAGAGCCAGCCGCACCCAGACCAGCUGCACCAAACUGAGUAAUGAGGUUGAAUGCCUGAAGGUUCACAUUAGGAGGCUUGAAGAUAAGAAUGAAAAACUCACCUUUGAAAGGACGUGCUCUGAAGAUAGCAUCAACAAACUGAGAAAAGUAAACGCUGAGUUGAGGGCCGGACUCGAGGAAACCCUGGUUAUGUUGACGCUGAGAGACAGAGAAAUCACAAAGAAAGACAUUCUUAUGGAUAAGAUGAAGAACUCUCAUGUGGAGAAUCACAACAUGAUUGAGGGUCUGCAGUCGGAACUGGCAAGGUUACAGGAACAUUCACAACAAGCUCUUUUGAGGUACGACAGACACUGUAUCAGCCCUCAGAAUAUCUACAGUCGAGAUCCUCCAAACCACCGCUCUCUGCAGAGCGAAAUGCAGGAUAUGCAGCAGCAGCAUCACAGAGCUCUGGACGACAUCAGCCUCCCAUCCCUGCAGACACACAGUGAUGAUAUUCAGAGUAUCAUCCAGAGGAUCAAGUCUACAGAAAUCACUCAUCUACUGCAUAAUAAGUAUCCAGAGAGGGACUCUGCUCCUGUAGAGACACAGGAGAGGCCUGUUCCUCACCGCCAGCAGCAACAGGCAAGCAUCAAGCAGCAGCUUGUCAAUGUGCUGCAGGAGCUGGAGCUGCACAAGUGUGUGUGGGAGGAGAAAGGGGAGAAGGUGGAGGAGCGGUGGAGAGCCUGGGAGAAGGAGCAAAAGCAAAGCCAGACUGGGAGCCAGACUCCCAACCAAGAGGCCAAGAAGGUGGCUGUGGUGAACUGGUGGAAAGCCCGCAGCGUGGAGGGGGCUAAGGCCCGGACAAAAGAAAUUCAGUCAGGUCAGGAGCUCUCAGACACACAAGUAAAGCUCCAGCAAGCAGAGCAGACCAUCACUGAUAUGAGGGAACAGGUCUGCCUCCUGCAAGCCUCUCUCAGAUCUGCACAGGUUUGUGUUGCCGAGCAAAAGAGCAGCAGUCUUCACAUCGACCAGGGAACCAACACAGAAAGAGAGGAACCAGACAGAGCUGUGGAGAAGGUUGUGAAGGAUCAGAGGGAUGCUGCAGUGGCCACGGAGAGUACAGGAGGAGCCACCGCAGAGCAGGAGCAAACCCAGCUUCGGGUGACCGCAGACGGCCUCCUAGAGACCCUCAGAAGGAUGGAGGUGAUGGUUAACAGCGCCCUGGAGACUGCCGAGCUGGUGAGAGAGAGCGAGCAGAGAGUGAGCCAGGUGAGAGUGAGGAUGGAGAGCAUCACUCAGAGGGUGGAGGAGGCUCUGGACCGAGCAGCCAACACUGACGAGCAGCUGAACGUUAUGGAGGCCAGGAUCACAGAACAAGCUCCAACUCAGAGUCCAGGUCUCAGUCUGCCCGCUCAUCCUGGAACAGACGUCACAGGCCUUAAGGUUGAGUCCGACGUGGAGCCUGAGGACGGAGACAGUCCUCCUCCAUCUCCUGUAAUCCCAGAAGUCAGCGAGCCUCCUCAGCUACCCAUGAAUGGUGUCACAGGACCAGGCAGCUGCAGCAAGCUCCAGGAAGAGGAGGAACACUUCCUGCAGGGAUCUCCUCUUGAGCAAAGUGACCGUAACUCCGAGGAUUCCCGCGCUGCCCCCUGCGCCGCUGCUGAGAGGCCUUUUAUUUUCCCCCACACCCGCUCACGCCCCCCACUUCUCCCCGCCAUGCCCACACUGCCUGAGGAAGAAGAGGACUCCCCCGAGGACCUGGACAGUUCCUCCAGCUCUCCCAGUACAUCUACACCAGGCGAGAGUCGAGCUGUUAUCAUGACUGCCCCCACCAUCGUCUACCCACAGCAGGCCACUAUUGUCCAACAGGAUGGACGCCCUCUGGAGCAGACCAGGCCGCACAGUCCCAGAGCUCGCAUGGCCAGAAACUCCUCGGGAGGACCAAUCACCACAGUUGACAGCACAGGUAAUGUGAUCGACCUGGUGAAAGAUCAGCUGCCGGAGCUGCAGCUGUCUGAGGAGGAUCGGCAGAAGAACCUGGAGCUGCUCCAACAGGCCAAAAAGGUCAGCGACCGCUUCCUGACACGCCGUGGUCGCCGCUCCCUCACCGAUUCACCCACAGGUCUGUCUCCAAUUCCAAGUCCGUCAUCCUCGCCGUGUUCAUCUAGAAGCAGCUCACUGACAGUAGCUCCUCAAACUGCUCCCACAGAGGCAGCCCAUGUCAGCUCACAGCCAGCCGGGCAGCAUCUGGAGGUUCCUUCAGUGCGGGAAAAGCCUGACUUAACGACCCAGGAUCAGGAGGGUAACAGGCUGUUGGUGGACUGGAAGCCGUCUGAGAAGAGGAAAGUGUCCUCUGGGACUCUAACACCACGCUUUGCUGUUCAGAAGGAGAACUGUGAUCCAGCUGUACCUAAGAGUCCUCCAGCAGGCAGUAAAGCGGACGAGGGAUCUGGUCCAGGCCGAAACUCCAACCAGGCCCCGGCUACAGGGGUGGCCAAGCCCGUCCCCCGACCCCCUACUCAACAGGCUCCCUGUACAGCAGAGAUCAAGACGAUCGGGGCCUUUCCUCCACUUAUGAGGGCUGUUUCCUGGGAUGCCGUAGGAAGCCUUAAUUCUAGAAACGGAGCACCAAGUUUCCCUCCUACACCCGAGGAUACGUUCUCAGACAAACCCAGGGAUGCUAUCUUCAAGUCCUCAGGGUACAAGGACCUCCCCACCCAGCCGGGGGGUUUACAGACACUGUCUAAAUUCAGAGAGGAGCACAAGCUGAUGCGGAACCAAAGCAUUGUGGGAUCCAAACUACCAGACUUGAGUGAAGCUGCCGAACAGGAAAAAGGUGCUCCAUCUUCUCCAAACUCAGCCAGUAGUGAAGCAAAGGAGAAGUCCGACGCCAUGCCGAACAUUUCAGAUGUGAUGCUGAGAAAACUCAAACUCCACCGAGGUCUACCAGGCUGUGCUCCUCCACUCACUGAAAAAGAAGUUGAGAACGCAUUCGUCCAGCUGUCACUGGCAUUUCGUAAUGACAACUAUACUCUGGAGAUGCGGCUCAAACAGGCGGAGAGGGAGAGGAACCUGACUGAGGAAGACACCGAGAAGGAACUAGAAGAGUUCAAAGGAGCACUGAAGAUGACUUCUCCACAGUGGCAGAACUUGGAGCAGCGUGAGGCGUACCAGCGCUUAAUAGAGACAAUAGCUGUGCUGCACCGACUGGCCACGCGGCUCUCCAGCAGAUCAGAGAUUGUGGGAGCAGUUCGACAGGAGAAACGUAUGAACAAGGCCACUGAAGUCAUGAUGCAAUAUGUGGAGAAUCUGAAGAGGACGUAUGAGAAGGACCACGCAGAGUUGAUGGAGUUCAAGAAGCUCGCCAACCAGAAUUCAAACCGCUGUUACGGAGGCUCCGUGGACACUGAUGAUGGAGUUCCACGACCUUCAAGAUCCAUGUCCCUCACCCUUGGAAAGGCUCUGCCCAGACGUAGGGUGAGCGUUGCGGUGGUGCCCAAGUUUAACCUCCUGAACAUCCCGGGUCAGAGCCCAGCUACAGCCGGCCCUGGCCCCAAUGUGGGACCCACAGCUGGUGCUGCUCUUCCUGUCCUGUGUGAAGCGAAUGAUGUGAAAGCCAGCACUCCCACAGAGGCAGCUCAACCGGCAGCAGAAUGUGGAAAGAGUGUGUCGGAGCAGGAAAGUGAGCCAGCCAAGCCUCCUGUAAACGUAGAGGAGAUCAGAGCCGAGAUCAGAGCCGAGCUCAAGGCAAAGAUCGAAGAGGAGGCGUACAACAAAGGCUACCAAGAGGGACUGAAGCAAAGUAAAGUGCUCCAGGAGGAGAAGCAGGAAGAGGAGAACGCUGCAGAGAAGCUGCUGGAAUCGAAAAAUAAGGAUGAAGAGAGUGGAAAGAACAGAAACACAAGCAGGAGGAUGGAGGAGAUCCUGGUUCUUCUUGGUCGCUAUUCUCCCAAGAUCCCCUUGAAUCGGCGACUUCUCUGGAUGGCCCUGACUCUGUUUGUGGUGAUGUGUCUGGUUAUCAGUAUUUUCACAUUCUUCAGUGACUACUACAACAGACGUGAGGACACGUAAGCAGAGACGGACUGUGUGCGAGGCGAGAUGAAGAUCUUUGGACUGAGUGUAGCAGAAGAACCAAAGAACCCCGGUGCAGAGUCACAGAGUCGCCCUCUGUCUCUGUCAGUUUACCAUAUCACUACACUCGGACUCACUUGAAUCCAUGACCCUGACUUUCGAGGGCCAAAGACGUUUUGGGAGGCUGUAUGGAUGAUGUUGCCUUUGUUGUGGUUAACAGCAUUAAGUUAUAAUUUUGUUUGUAUAGAAAAAUUAACAUAUUGUUUGCUGCAGUGAGCAAAAAGAUAAUUUCUGUAUAGGGACCAAUUAUAUAGUGUGAUGACACAUAUACGUAUAUUUAAAUUAGAUGUAUACGUAACAACAUGUUCUGGUUUGGGUACUUUCUGAUGAUGAGUAUGGCAUUUUCCAUUAAAUGCCGCAGUAGAAAAAGUGUAUAUUUAUCUACACUCUGAUGUUAAAGUAUAAAUCUCAGGUCCAAUAGAUAAUAAAGACCUCGAGAGAUUUUGGACUAAUAUUUAAAGAUCCAGAAAAUAAAAGGUUUUGAUGUUUUGUUUUA